AUGUAUGCCAUGGGGGUCCUGGGGCCUUGGAAUUGCGACCCUGUGCAGAACAGGGCUCUGCCGGCUGCAGCUGCAAGGCUCGCUGUAAACAGGAUACACGGAGACCUCAAUCUGGAUCUAGGCCUUAAACUGGACUUUAUCAUUCUCCAGGAACCUUGUGAAACCUCCACAGCUCUCACUGCAUUUAUUUACAAUGAGAACAAGGCUGAUGUGUUUAUUGGCCCCACAAAUCCGGGAUACUGUGUUGCCGCUUCUCUGCUUUCCAAGAACUGGGAUAAGGCCAUCUUCUCGUAUGGCUGUGUUAACUAUGAGCUGGACCGGGUCAUGGGAUACCCAACCUUUUCCAGGACAGUACCUUUUCCCUCUGAGGUGCUGUUCAUCGUGUUGAAAUACUUUAGGUGGGCCAGUGUUGUGGUGAUCUCAUCCAAUGAGGAUAUAUGGAGGGACACUGCUGCGAGAGUUGCUACUGCUCUCAGACGUGAGGGGCUUCCUGUUGGCCUGGUUACAUCCAUUGGCAUGAAUGAGACGGAGAUGGAGAGCACACUGAGGAAAAUCCAGGAAGCAGGAGAAAUCAGGGUCAUCAUCAUGUGCAUGCACUCAGUCCUCAUUGGAGGGGAGCAGCAGGCUACCUUUCUUCUCAAAGCACAGGAAAUGGGCCUGACCUCAGGGAAGUAUGUCUUCAUGCCCUACGACACCCUCCAUUACAGCUUGCCCUACACGAACGUCUCAUUCUUCCCCCUGCAAAACAACAGCAGGCUGAGGGAGGCCUAUGAUGCUGUGCUCACCAUCACCAUGGCCUCUGAGCCUUUUUCCUUCAAUGAGGCAUUCGCUGCCGCCAAGAGGAGUCAGGAAAUCAUGCUAGACGUGCAGCCUGAGCAGGUUGGCUCUUCAUUGGGNCAGAUCCCCGUGGUCAGUUUCUGCAGCGCAGCUCCUCCAGAACUCAGCCCCAGAUUCGUGGACGGCAUUGAAACGGACACCAACUCUCUCUGCUCUCAGAAGUUUGAGUUCAGUCCCAGCAUGUCGCCUGCAGCAUCGCCCUCCCCCUACACAGGGAAUCGGGAGCCCUCUGAGAUCAAGCAGAGUGUUUCUAAACUGGCUGAGGAGAUGAACAGCCUCACUAAGCAGGUGUCACUUCUCAGUCAGGAGCUGCAGGAGAUGACCCGCCUCCUGAAGCCCCUCCUCCAACAAUCCCCUCCUCCAAUCCUGAUGACCAUGAUGCCAAAUCUAACCCCGCCUCCCAGCAGCAGCGCCAGCCAAUUAUCAACGAGCACCUGCUUGGUCCCGCCUCCCCUAUCUUCUUCUUCCUCACCGAGACCAGACUCUCACUCCCUGUUGGACGGGGGAGACAUCGAGGGUGUGGAUUUGCCAGGAUGCCUCUUACCGACUCCCCCUUCCCCAAAAAGGCUUCAUUUGUCUCCCAAACUUAAAAGCGCCAACCCAAACCCUCCCUCCCUUGAGGAAGGACACCCUGAGGGUCCUUUAGUCCUCCCUGAGGGUCCUCUCCCCCUCCCUCCCUCCCCUGCUAACGGGAUCUAUCUCCCCUUUCUGCAGGACCAGCCUCCUUCCCCUUCACUCUCCCUCUCCUUCUCCAUGUCUCUUUGCUCCUCACCCUCUUUCUCCCCAUGCCUCCUACCUCCUCCUCCCUCCCAGGACACCCCCCCUCCUCGCCCAGCAUACUCCCACUGUUCUGCACCCCCCUCCCUCACAUCCUCUCCAGGCGACCACUCCACGGUCUCCGUCUCUCGGCCCAUGUCUCUGGACUUUGUUAGGAGAAAGCAGGGAGACAUCAUCCCCCCUUGGUGCAACUCACAGCUGACCAAACCCCCCCCACAGGAGCUGGAGAUGCAGGAGAUGUGGGGGAGACAGGUGGGGGAGGAGGGGAGGAACUCCACAGAGCACAUCAGCUUCAUCGAUGAAGAGGAGCCGGCGUUAUUAACUGUUAAAACUGACUGAAAAGGAAACAAAGUAGCAGAAAUUAGAUCAGAUCAGGGAAAGUGACUGAAAUCACACACAGGAAGUGAUUUGUCAGACAGGAAAUGCUUACAGGACACACAGGAAGUGAUGAAAUACUUACAGUACACACAGGAAGUGAUGGAAUGCUUACAGGACACACAGGAAGUGAUGAAAUACUUACAGGACACACAGGAAGUGAUGAAAUACUUACAGGACACACAGGAAGUGAUGGAAUGCUUACAGGACACAGGAAGUGGUUUGUCAGACAGGAAAUGCUUAAAGGACACACAGGAAGUGGUUUGUCAUACAGGAAAUGCUCACAGGACACAGGAAGUGGUUUGUCAGACAGGAAAUGCUUACAGGACACACAGGAAGUGAUUUGUCAGACAGGAAAUCCUUACAGCACACACAGGAAAUAGAAACACCUGCAAGGCGGAGACAUAAAGCCUGCAGCCGUCAGCCAAUCAGUGUGAAGGACUUUUUCUUUUCUACACUGAUCACAGAACAGCACAAAAUGUCUUAUAGUAUCAACACUUCAGUAGCAUUAGCAUUAGCAACCGUCCCACAUACACAAAUUGACCAAAAGUCAUGUUUUAAAGUCAAAUUUAGCUGAUUAUAUAAUUUAACUUCUUAAAACGCAGUGACUACAAACACAUAUCUCAGUGGGAAACACGUCAGAUAAUCACCACACUGGGACUGGGAAUGUAAACUCACCUUUCAGAGCCAGUUUGCUUCAUUAAUUCGAUUCUUUUUUGCAUUUCAAAUUAGAAAUCUGCCUCUAGGAUGCUGGAGGAAAACACUCAGCUUCAAAUCCAACCAUCUUGUCAGUCACACACACAUCGUUCAUUCUCCAAGAAACAUCCACAUUCUGCCUGUUAAAGAAGUUUAAAGUACACAUUCGAGUGAAACGUCGGAGCAUUAGUGCUUCUUUUUGAGACCUGAAGCGUGCUGGGUGUGGCAAAGACAAAUUAUGGACAGAAAUAUCAUAAGCAGCCCCCAUAUAUAACUGUUUCCCACCUCCUUUACUGUUUACAAGCAGCCUCUCAGAUUGUACAGCAGACUCACAUCACUCCUGAGCUUUAGCCAUCCAGCCAUUCGUGCCUUCUCUGCAUUAAAGUUCCCUAAAGUCCUUUUCCUGGUUAGCAUUCGGAUCAAAAUUAACACGGAAAGCCAUUUACAGAGAACACUUUACCUACCUAACGCACCUUUACCUAAAAUGUAAUUUAUUUAUUUAUUCAGGCUGUGAAUUUAUUUAUUUGUAUUGAUGACGAGGAAAUAUUAUAAUAUUUCUAGGAGAGAAAGGUCUACCUUCCCGAUUGUUAUGUAGCACACACGCGCACACACACACACACACACACACACACACACACACACACACACACACACACACA